UCCAAGAUGGAGGAGGUGGACAACAUAAUUAUUCACACGUUCAGACAAGUCGGCUGUGACAUCCCAGAGGAUGUUUCAAGUCUAAAGGAGUUUACCACAGCCAUGAUUGUAGCAGCAACAUCAAAAUGUCUUCAUAUGAUCAAAGAAGAUCUUCAGAUUCCAUCUGUGUUGCCUGCUAGCAUGUCGUCUAAGUUCCGUCUUGGAACAACCCUUGCCAAUGCUUGUCAGGAAGUUGGAUACCGUGGCGAGAUUGGCUAUCAGACCUUUCUAUAUUCCAACGAAGCUGAUAUCAGGAAAUUGUUUAUGUUUUUGGUGGAGCAUCUUCCAAAAGAGAGUUCAGAAUCAGCUGGGGAACCUUUAGGCUCAUCUGUAAUGUUACAAAGGCGAAUAUCAGUAGAGUUGUCCAAGAGGCUUAAGAGACCUUGGACUCCUUCAUUUUGCAAAAAGGACAGCAUCAGCUGGAGUGGAACUAAGCCCCAAGCUUGGCACAAAGAGGGAGCCAGAUCUGUGCGGAGAUUUCAUGCUUGCCCUGUGAGAGUACCAGAGGGUCUUGGAGAUUUAACCAAGAAAAUUCCUAAAGAAUUAAAAGCUUACUAUAGCAACUCAAUGCCACUCAUUACAAGCCAGCCAUCUUGCCGCCAAGAUGUUGCACCAUCUGUGUUAGAAGCCAAUGCCAUAUCUGUCACUCUAGCCAAUGAAUGGGAAAAUGAAUGGAAUCAAAGUGGAUUAGCAUCACGGCUGUCUAAAGAGGAAUACCUUGCUCAGAAGAGGGAGCGUCUGGAGAAGAAGAUCAAACAGCACUUACAGAGUGAGCUGCAGAGGGCUGACCUGAAAGCUGCAGCAAGUGGUGACCUCAGUGACAUUGUUUCAUCCCUUUCAGACAAAGCUUUAGGUUCCUCUGCACCUUCUAAAGGAUCAAGAUUUACUCACACUGAACAACUUCAGUUUGCACAAGAUGAACAAAAGGCUGCUGCCAUGGUAGGACUCACUGAGGAAGGUCCUCCUGAAGUGGACACAGAAGAGGAGAUGAGGAAAAAAAGGGAGGAGGAACUCGAAGCGCUGCAAUCUAAACUGGGUGAACUGAGUGCUGGCAUCGAACGCGAUGAACUGGAGAUCAAGAAGUCUCUAGCUGGUAUACAACAGGCAAAUGAACAGAUCGCCAGUCAGAAGACCAAAAACUCUGAGCAGGAAGAAUUUUACAAAGUGAAGAAAAGAACAAUGGACUUGCUGCCUGAUGCAGAGAACAACAUCGCUAAACUACAGAGUGUUGUAGAUUCCAGUGCGCAGCGACUUGUGAACUUGGCUCAGCAGUGGGAGCAACACAGGGCUCCUCUGAUUGAUCAGUAUAGGGAGUUGAAACAGCUCAAUGCCAACAGAGCGUCUGAAGCUCAAAAACAAUUGGAAGAGAUUAGAUCUCUUCGAGAAAAAAUGAAGGAAGUUGCAGAUGAAGCCAGAGGGAAAGAAGAACUGCAUAAACAGCUGAUUGCUGAAUAUGAGACGAUGAGGAAAGAUGUCAACAGGUCCGCGUACACUCGGCGUAUAUUGGAAAUUGUAGGAAACAUCAAAAAACAGAAAGAAGAAAUUAACAAGACUUUGAUCGACACGAAAGAUCUUCAAAAGGAAAUCAAUCAGUUAUCUGGGAAGCUGGACCGAACAUUUGCCGUCACGGAUGAACUUAUUUUUAGGGAUGCCAAAAAAGACGAGUCCUGUCGCAAGGCUUAUAAAUAUCUCGCUAGUCUGCACGAGAACUGCAAAGAGCUGAUUCAGUCUGUAGAGGAAACGGGAUCGAUUUUGAGAGAAAUACGAGAUUUGGAGGAUCAGAUUGAAAUGGAAAGUCAGAAGAACACAG